AAAUUCGGUCGUGUUGAAGAUGAAGAAGAUAAGGGGAUAAAUGAACAGUGGGUUUGGUAAAAGGAAAAAACUAAUGGAGGUUGCGUGGAACUAGAGAGAAGGACCCCAUUGAACCAUAGGGUGACCCAUUUCAUUUGUAGGUCAUUUUCAUCUCUCAAUGUUUAUAAGUGUUGUGUGAGUCAUUGGGAAAUGAUGUACAAGAAAAAAGCCUAUGGUUUGGUGUUUUAUCUCAGAAAAUAUUUAACUCAAAAUAACUCUCUCAUGCAAACCCCUUGCCCCUCUGCUCAUCCUGUGCUUUGCUCUGUACGUUUCGAGGGAGAAGAUAGUUUAUAGUUUUAGUAGCUUCAAGUCACAACUAAAACGGGAAUAAAAAUGACUGAGCUGCGAAAUUCAGAAACAGAGUGCAAUUCUGGGUCAACUCCUAACUCGGUCCCUAGCUCAACCACAACUCUAAACGCUAAACCUGGAGCCACCACUGAUUGUAAUAAAAAGAUAAAGAGAAUGAGGGGAGAUUCAAGCAAGCACCCGGUUUACCGUGGCGUCCGAAUGAGGACCUGGGGCAAAUGGGUGUCCGAAAUCCGCGAGCCACGCAAAAAAUCCCGCAUUUGGCUCGGCACUUUCCCUACCCCAGAGAUGGCAGCUCGGGCACACGACGUGGCCGCUUUAAGCAUUAAAGGCAACACAGCGAUUCUCAACUUCCCCGAACUCGCAAACUCACUACCCCGACCCGUGUCUUUAGCACCCCGUGACGUACAAGCCGCAGCAGCCAAAGCUGCCCAAAUGGGAGACUUCGAUUCCCCAUCACCAUCCACACCAUCUUCUUCCACUUGGUCGUCAUCGUUGUCUUUGGUUUCUCAUCUGGACUUAACUUCAGGGUCCGAGGAGUUGAGCCAGAUAGUGGAGCUGCCGAGUCUAGGGACAAGUUGUGACUCGGGGAAUGAGUUUGUUUUUGUGGACUCGACGGACAGAUGGUUCUAUCCUUCACCAUGGCUUGAAAGCAUGGAGGAUUGUGAGUACGUUUGUAGUCAGUUAGUGAAUGGCUUCAAGGAAGGUUUGCUGUGGGAUUAUUAAUGUUUUCCAUUUUAUUUUCUUGCGUUUGUGAAUGUGUGUGUGUGUGUGUCAAAUGCCCCUUCUCUUUUUCUCUGAAAGGGCUGAAAGCUCUUGUCAUUUUCUUUCUCUGUUUAUGUGAAAUCUUCCCAUGAAUCAAUAGUGUACAUAAACUUGAUAAUGUAAUUUUCUUUCACGA